GCGCACUCCCACUCGACGUUCUCGGCCGCGACUGGCUCGCGCUCAUUUACUCCAGUCCUCAGCCAACUGCCGCGGCGAACGCACGCGACGAAUUACGCGCCUCCGAUGUUAGUUUACGAUUACAACAUCGCGUCGCAACACGGAAUUUUGCCGUGACAUUGAAUAUAACUAUCUCGAAUAUGGGUUAAACGACCCCGUAGACGAAAUGAGUCCGGGCGAGCGCGCCGCCUUAGGGCGCCGCGAAGCCCCUCGCCCUCACUACGCGGCCACCGCACCGGGUUUCCCGCCACCGUAUUAUCCGCCCUAUGGUGUGCCACAUCCUAACGCAUGGCUGGGAGCACCACUCAUAUCUAUGGCGGGACGUUCGCCGCCUUCUCGUGAAAACCCUGUGUCUAAGCUUGCGAUGCAUACGCAAGGUGCUCCACUUAUUAUUCAAAAUAGACAUGAUCGCAAAAAAUAUACAACAAUGCCUGAGCAACGGAAUCAUCGUCCCGUUGGACACACGGAACAUUUUACAAAAGAACGAUGUGAUGUCACUGACAGACCAAGAAAUCAACAUCAUCAACAACAACAACAACAAACACGUCCAACGAGAAACGGCCGUAACAAUAAUACGGACGCUGUUAGCGUAGCGAGCGAUGAAAGUUCCGGCUCUACGAAUUCUGAAACAAUGUUGCCGAGGAUUAUUAAACCGAGGAAGCGACGUAAAAAGGACAGAAAGCCUAAUAACAUGGUGCCACAUGAACUAACGUCCGCAGUAUUAGAUCUCGGUGAUGUCGAUCAUUGUGCAGUUACAAAUAUGGGGUCAACAACGCAUGGCCUUUAUGAGGAAUCCUACUGUCGGGAUAUACCAUUGCCGUAUCGUUUAGAUGUGAAAGUGCUAGACUACCCGGAACCAGCGCCAGAAACAUACAGAGUGUCGGCUCUAGGUGAGGCUUUGGAGGCUACGCGCUUCGGAUUAGUAGAAGCGGCUUCACCAUCUGAAUCCGCCGUCACUUCAUGUCAAUGUCGUUAUUGUGACCCUGUUGGACAGAUUUGGGAUGCGGAUUCAAUAGCUCAUUUACUGGAUGAAAAUUCUAGUGGUGAUUUUGCUCCCACCAAAUUAGAGGAAUCGAUGAAAGUCGUCGGACCUUUAGGCAGGCGUGGUGCAGAUACAAUGCUAAGAAGAAGUUGGAGCGAUCCAUCGGCACGAGUUCCAGAAAGAAAAGUUAAUAAUAGUGAUACGAUGUCGGCGCCUAAUCUCUAUUCUUUGUUCCCACCCCCCAGAAAAACAAGUUCUCCGGAGCCUAGAUCGCCACUGGCUUUAGAAAUAUCAUCUGAAAUUGUUACUUCAAUGAAUGGACAUCGUGACUUGGAAAUUAAAUUAUUUUCGACCUCGCCCCCGGCGUCGACCUCCGAACGACGUUCUUUCUUCGGCGAUAAAAGUGAAAGUGCCGUUAACGAUAAAUGUGCGAACAAAAAUUUAAAGGAAAAAUCAAACAGUGCAGUGAGUGAUGAUGACAGGGUUGUGUCGAGUGCAAACAAUAAUAAAAAAAGUGAAAAUAUAGAUUCGGGUUGCAUAAGUGCACUCGUAGCAGGCGACAACUUGCGCAACAUUUGUGAUUUAGCCUUAGUAUCUGUCUGA